GCAAUCUGCCUCGAAGUCCUAGUGGAUGUGGACAGCGUCCGACGAUUGAAAUGCAAACAUCUGUUCACACGACUUGCAUCGACUCUUGGCUCAAAAACCGUCAUGUCGAUUGCCCAUUAUGCAAGUCAAUAUUUAUUCCAACAGAGGCGUAACGGGCUGAGCGGUAAUGACCUCGGGCCAAUUCCUCGUCGGCUGCAACUUUCCU